CUUAAUUGUUAUAGGAGUCAAAUGUUUAUGCCUAGGACUGUAGUCGUGUACAGAUUCAGUGUCACUCUGUUCUGUAGACUGACUGAUAAGUUUUAAAAUUAAAAAUGAAAGUUACUUAUUAAAAUUCAGAUACUCGCACACAAUUCAAUUGCACUUUUGCAUCUUGUCUUAUUCUCAUAUUAAAAAUAUGAGACUUAUGCCUGGUUUGGAAAAAACUCGAUGGAAUUAGUGAUUAGACGGUUAGUGAAUUUGACUUAAACUUAAAUUUUUCAGUGAAUUAUCCCAAAUUAUUAAUUACUAUUUGGCCCUAAUUACUAUUUUAAUAAAUAUUUGUUAAUUUUUUUAAGAAGUGGCUAUUGGUACCCGGGUACCAGAAGUGAGAGGUUGGGAUUAAAAAACUAUUUAAAAUUUUAUUGCUGGGUUUGUAAUCCUAACCUCUCACUUCUGGUACUCGGGUACCAAUACUCGCAGCCAUUUUUUAAUAGAGCCUAGGCCUAUAAUUAGUAUAAUAUUUAUAAUUAUAGUAUAGUCUGUAAAGCCUAGGCCUAGGCUAGGGAGCCAUCAAUAAAUGACAUCACACAUGGGGGAGGGGGGGGGGGCAAGCAAGGUCACGGAUUUGUGACAAUGUCUUACGGGGGUGUCUCAGCUGUAUGACAAAUUAUCACUGGGUGGAGAACGGAGGGGGUCCAAAUUAGUAUAGUCUGUAAAGCCUAGGCCUAGGCUAGGGAGCCAUCAAUAAAUGACAUCACACAUGGGGGAGGGGGGGGGGGCAAGCAAGGUCACGGAUUUGUGACAAUGUCUUACGAGGGUGUCUCAGCUGUAUGACAAAUUAUCACUGGGUGGAGAACGGAGGGGGUCCAAAAUAGCGUGAUGUCACUUAUGGAUGGUGCUUAGGCUAUUUAUAAGUAAGCCUAGACAAUUACUUUAAACUUUUAGUAAUUUAAAUCUGAGCUCUGUUGUUAUUUUUUUUUUUUACACUGUAGUAGACUAUACAGUCUAUGCAUACCAGAACAAGAUAAAAACUUUACUUCAAUACUAUUAAUAGCCCCAAGUCUAAGGGACCUACUCGAUAAAGUAUAAAUAGGCUUAAUUAUUACCAUUCAGUUGUUUGAAUUUCAACUUGGACAAAUUUUUUACUUAUUUCUUUAAAGUAAAAGUCUACAUCUACUCAUUAAUAUAUCUUUAGUUAACGUAAAAUUAAAGAUCUUUACUACACUUAAGAUCUAGGAUCUCUUGUCCUAUAGGCUAGUGACAUAGCCUAUAUUUAAAUGUAAAUCAGUUUUUAAGAAGCAUACUUUGUGCAUUAUCUAGUAUAUGAGUGAGUAGGGGGACUACAAAAACAGCACAAAAAAUACUAUUUAUGCAUUUUCUGCUUUUUGGCACUGGCACUGGAAUCAUUUGAAACUAUGGCCUUCUAUGUGUAGUUGUUUGGGUUCACUAGUGGUGACUGAGUUUAAUGAUACCUGAUUUUUGAUGUAACAAAAAUAGUCUGUUUAUUCUUGUUUGAAAAAGACAGUACUGUAAUUGUAAGACAAAGAAAAGACUUACUUAAACUGAGAAAUCCAUGACAUGGGCUGUCAAUUCAAGGCCAGGAAAACACAGGUCAUGUGAAUAAAUACAUGAGUGGCAGAUACUAUUACUGUGAACAGCAGUGAAGUUACAUUGCCUUUGCCUCCAGCCUUAGUCGGUAUAUGAAGACUGAAGUUGGACUCUCAAAUUCUGAAAUAGUUGUCUUUUAUAACAUUGCUGCUACCAACUGAGGAUUCCUAAGAUUCCUUAAGAGCUUGCAGUACAGAUAUGAGGAUGUAGGUUAAGUUCCAUUAGCUACAGACUAAACUUCAGCAUCUUGGAGAUUUUUAGAAAUAUAAAAUGCAAACCUUUGUUUAUUUGAAGAUUAUUUGUAUAUUAAUUUUAAAUGAACACUUAAAAGAUUAAUAACCAUUUUAUCCUUAAUGUGUGUGGAGCAGCAUCUCAAGACUACAUGUUGUUGUUCGUCCGUCAAAGUCGACUAGGACCAUCGAAUCAUCCGGUUAGGGGGGAGGUUGGGAUUACGGUGAGCUCGUAGGUGACUUGCUAGACCGAUCCUUGCUCGGAAUAAUCUAUGACACAGUGGGCAUGGAAUAGUUGCUUCAGACGGUGACCUAAUGUUGCUCUUUCGGACAAGCCUGCGUGUCUCAGCUGUGGUUAUUCUAAGAAUAAUAAUUAUUUCGGGAGCCGGUGGUCUUCCAUUUCCAUACGGGCUACGUGUCCCAUCCAACGGAGAUGAGACUGCAUCAGAGUGGUGAAGAUAGUAGGUAGGUUCGCUCUAGCGAGGACCUCGGUGUCAGGGACUUUGUCUUGCCACCUGAUGUCGAGGAGUUUCCUGAGGCAGGUAGUGUGAAAAUGAUUCAGUUUCUUGGCGUGACGCUGGUAGAUUUCCACGUUUCACAUCCAUAGAGCAGUGUCGGGAAGACUGCUGCGCUAUAGACCUUGAGCUUUGUUUCUCGUCUGAUACCUCUCCUGUCCCAAACAGUGCUGCGGAGGCUGCCAAAUAGGGCACUAGCUUUUGCGAGUCUGCCAUUCAUUUCUUCAUCCAUGACGACAGAUCUAGAGAGGGUGCUGCCCAAGUAAGUAAAUUUAUCCACCGGGUUGAGACGCUGUUCACUGACGACGAUGUUGGGUUCAACGUAGGGCUUACUGCGAGCUGGCUGAUACAUCAUCUCAGUCUUCUUUGUGUUGAUUGUGAGGCCAAAGUUAAUGCAGGCCUUAGAGAAGAUAUCAACGCUAUGUUGCAUGACGGCUUCUGAGGUAGCGUUGAGGGCACAAUCAUCUGCAAACAGAAGCUCGUUGAUCGUGGUACGUUUGACCUUGGUUUUAGCUUGAAGCUUCCUAAGAUUAAAUACUGAUCCAUCAGUACGAAACCUGGAUUGGCAAGCUUGUGGUGGAGUCCUUGCACGCAUCAGACAGCAUUGCGGAAUACAUAAUACUGAAGAGUGUGGGAGCAAGGACACUGCCCUGCUUUACAGCGUUUGUGACGGGGAAUGCUUGAGAUGAUUGACUACAUAAUGAUGCAGAGGAAACAUAAUAGAUCUUUCCCUUGUUAUCUUUAAUUUUAUAAAUUUUCUGAAGGUACCGGUAGUAUAAACCCAUGAGCAUGGAAGUCGAUCAGCAAAAUAAAAGAAAAAACAAAUCAAUCGUGGAUGACCCUAACUGAGAUGUGACAGGUUUAUUUUCUUAUUGUACAUUAAGUUUAUUGCAUCUUAGUAAUCACAUUGUCAUAGAAUAAAUGAACUAAAAUUUAAAGGGCUUCUCACUGAAAAAAAUGUUUAUUGCUCUCAAACAAACUUCUGAUUAGCUGAAAAUCUAUAAUUUUAAAAACCUGCUUUUAAAUAUUAUUGAAAGUGUGCUUUUCUGCAGAAAUAAAAUAGUCUUUCAAAAAAUUCAAGCACCAAAAAAUAAAUGUGAUAAAAGAUCUGGGUUGACAUUGUGUUUACUCUCCAAUUCAAUAAUUUAAAAACAAAUUACAGUCUUUUGCUGUGAAGGGAAUUGACCAAACUUCACAAUUGCCAAAAUCUGGUUUUGAUCCAUUUAGUGAUUUUAAUGUCUAUAGUGGAUAUGCUUUAAAUUUAAAAAAUAUAUAUGUAAAAAGUGGUCCAUAUUUUGCGAGGGUUGGAGAACUAUUGUAACGUGUAUAUUACACAUUAAAAGUUCUUUUAAAAAAUAAUUUAUCUGGAUAACUCGUUUUUAAAUGCAUUGUUUUCCACUAAGUUUAACAGCUUUAUGUUUAAAAAGAACAAGUUAGACCUUAACGUUGCUCUAUGGCUUUUGAAUUAUUACUGUUAAAGAUUGAGUUAUACACCUCCUUCAGUUAGUUCUUCUAAUAAAACCAAAUAAAUAUUAUUAUAAUUUUUUUACAAGUACUAUCAAACAAACACAUUUUACACUAAUUACCUUUAAAAAACAAAAAACAAUUAAAGGAUUAUUUCUAAAAAAUUAUCUUGUUUAUGCCCUAAUAGGCAAUAUUUUUAAGAAAUUAUCAUCAAAGAAAAUAAAUUUUGAAAACUGAAAAGGGUUAUUGAUUUUUUUUAUCAUUCCCAUUGAUCAGCAACACAAACCGGUGCACUGUACAGCUCAUCAAGAUAGUAUGGUCAAUAUAGACUUUUUAUUGCUCUAGUCCUCAGUGAAUAUACGUGUGAUAAGUUUAAUGAUGUGGGAUGGGGAAGUCACAAAUACUUGAUGUCUUAUACUCGCUGGGCACAGUGUAUUAGUUUUUGUUUUACCUUGCCCAUGAGACAUAAUGAGAGGUACAUUUUGUUUAUUUUAAAAUGUUGAAUUUUUUAAAUGUUAAUUUACAAUGAUGCUGAUAAAAUUAAUAUGGUUCAUUUCAAAAUGCUAAUUUUGGAAUCUGUUUUCCCUAGGUUAAGAACAUGGCUUUCUGAAUGAAAUCAUCAGCAUUCACCAGCAGUCACCUUGUGGCUGAGCACAACCUAGAGACGGCUGUAAUGGCUCGGAAAAGAUGCUCUUCUUUCUACUCCAUCACUGGCCUCUGUUUAAUAACCUUUAUAUUUGCAAUGAUUGGCUUCCACUGGCUUGCUCCCAGCUGGGCUGGUAGCGCCUUGGCACGGAAUCUUCCAGCUGAAUUACAGAGCCAUGAAGUGGUGACGAUGCUCAUCGAUUCGCCACAUUCAGAGCCAAGAGACUCAAACUGUACCUUCCACAACUUUACCUGCCUUGAAGUCUAUCAUUGUGGUUACGAUGACAAGACUGUGAUUAGUUUGUACAUAUAUCCCAUACAGAAAUAUUAUGAUGAACAAGGAGUGGAUAUUACACCACCUAUGUCGAGGGAAUUUGAAGAGGUUUUACGUGUUAUUUCUCGGAGCCCAUAUUACUCAAAAGAUCCAGAGACCGCCUGCAUGCUCAUUCCUUCUGUUGACCUGCUCAAUCAAAACUUAAUCAAACCUCACCAGGUUAGCCGGAUAUUAGCUGGACUAAAAUGGUGAGACCAAUCUUUUGAUGUCAUUUGCUGUUGAUAAUGAUGAUUAUAGAUUUUUGAAAAAAUAGUUUAAAGUUUACAGGAAGAUUUUUUUACUUUUGAAUUACACUAGGAAUGAGUUUUUCUUUCAACUUGUGUAAUAUUUUGAUCAUUAAAUGUUUAUAAGUUAAUAAAAUAUAAACAUUUUAAGGUAAAUUACUCAAUAUUCUAUGUGACUUUCUCUUCACUAUAUUAUAUCUUGUUAGUCUCAAAAUUCUUUGUGACUUUCUCUUCACUAAAUAUCUUGUAACAUUUUGAUCACAAACCUAGAGCACAGGUAAUACGAUAUAAAUUUUUCAUAUUUUCCUUUUUAUUUAUCUAAAUCAGUUUUGAAUAAUUGUUCUUUUAAAACUAUGGUUAAAGGUUUAUAUAACACCUAAACUCCUGAUUUUAAUGAUGGCAAGACACAUUAUUACUAAUGUGUUAGCUUAAAAUCAAGUCAAGAAAACUAACUAUAGGUGCAAGGCAUGCAACUAUUUGAUAACCUUUAUCUCAUCCAGGUGGAACAAGGGUAAAAAUCAUCUACUUUUUAACAUGCUGCCUGGUGCAGCUCCCAGCUAUGUCAAUUAUCUGGACGUGAAUACCAGCAAAGCUAUGGUUGCUAGUGGAGGAUUCUCCUCCACAACUUACCGUCGUACGUUUGAUAUCACUAUACCGGUCUACAAUCCCUUGUUGGAAGGAGUUGAUCUCCCCAUCAAAUCCCACCUGUAAGUUUGAACUAGUGCAUGGUUUGAUGUUAUUUCACUUGGAAUAACCCAGUUGAGUUAAUGAGUGAGUUAGCUGACCGAUACUUUAAGUUUAAAAAAUAUAUAUAUAUUGUUACGGAGUAGAUAUACAGUUUUAAGGAAAUUUCACUGAAUGCUACAUAUACUUAUACAGGUUCAACUAUAGUUUCUUUUCACUAAGUUUAGUGAUGAAAAUAAAAUAAUUUAAUUAGGAACUCUCAAUUUUUUAAAGAAUUAAUAAAGUCCCUUGUAUGAAAUUGGUUUUCCAGAGAAACGAGAAAGUGGCUAUUACUCUCAAGCCAAUUUGGUCUGAACCCAGUUUACAAAUCUGCGAUAAAAGCAGCUGCUGCCUCUGACAACAGUGUCCUUGUGUUGGAUCGCUGUAGUGGAACUCCCUUGAACUACUCCAUUAGGUGUGACCAACAAGGCAAUGAGUAUCCGUAUCCGGCCAUUCUACAGGUGAAGCUUAUUCGUUACAAAGUGUUUUUUUAAAGAUUUAAGCAGGGGCUCUUUUCAUUACUUGCACAUUGUUAAAAUCUGAUUAUUAAAUCAAAUGAUCACUCUUAAAGUUGUCAGGUGAUGAGUUUUCACGAUAUAUGAUGGUUGAGUUUUGCACUUGAGAAAUACUUUAAAUUUCAUAAGUUUUAAAAAAUUGUUUUAGUGUUUUAGUGCUGAAAAUGAAAUAAUAAAAAAAAAUUUCCAUUGUUUUGGAACAAUAAAAUAAUUUUAUUGUGUGGUUUCUAUAAGCUGAAUUUCUUUGUUGUAAGUACUGGAUAUUUCAAUUUUAAAAGACUUUUACAAAAAUUGAUAACCUCCUUUGAAAUUUUAUUUUUAUAAACUUAUAUAAAGUGUUGAAUUGCUUGGGGACCGCACUGACUUUUAAGAUGUUAUGUUCUAAAAACAGGAAGCUACAUUUUGUUUAGUGGUCCGCGGAAACCGUCUUGGUCAGCCAACCCUGAUGGAUACCAUGAUGGCUGGAUGUAUCCCUGUGGUUGUGGCAGAUGGCUACCUAAUGCCUUUUCAUGAAGUUUUAGAUUGGACGAGGUAAGUAGUGUGACAUAACCUUACCCUAUUGGACAAUUUAGGUUGUGUGACAUAAUCUUACACAAUUAAACAAGGUAGAUAAGCUAUUCACAUAUUCUCCAUUUAGUUGCUGUUCCUUUAUAUGGGAAAUUUAUCAUAGUAUAAAUCAUGCAAGGUUAAAAUGCAGUAGUUUAUUUUAGAGUUUAGCUAGGGCCUCGAUAAUCGGUUCUCAUCCUUCCUAAUACCGCGACCCUUUAAUAUAGUUCCUAAUGUAGAGGCAACCCCUAACAACAAAAUUAAUUUCGUUGCUACUUCACGACCGAAGAGAUUAUGCGUCUUCCUAUGGUCUUAGGCGCCCCUGGGAAAGGGUCGUUCGACUCCCAAAGCCAUGUUUAAAUUCAAGCUAACCAGACAAUAUCCAUUUCACAACAACCACAUCACAUCAUCCACAUCACAACAUCCACCUCUCAACAUACACCUUACAACAUCUGCCUUACAACAGCCACCCCACAACAUCUGCCUCACAACAGCCACCCCACAACAUCUGCCUCACAACAUCCACCCCACAACAUCCACCCCACAACAUCCACCCCACAACAUCCACAUCACAUCAUCCACAUCACAACAGCCACCUCACAACAUCCACAUCACAACAUCCACAUCAUCCACAUCACAACAGCCACAUCACAACAGCCACCUCACAACAUCCACAUCACAACAUCCACAUCACAUCAUCCACAUCACAACAGCCACCUCACAACAUCCACCUCACAACAUCCACAUCACAUCAUCCACAUCACAACAUCCACAUCACAACAGCCACAUCACAACAGCCACCUCACAACAUCCACAUCACAACAUCCACAUCACAUCAUCCACAUCACAACAGCCACAUCACAACAGCCACCUCACAACAUCCACAUCACAACAUCCACAUCACAUCAUCCACAUCACAACAGCCACCUCACAACAGCCACCUCACAACAUCCACAUCACAACAUCCACAUCACAACAGCCACAUCACAACAGCCACCUCACAACAUCCACAUCACAACAUCCACAUCACAUCAUCCACAUCACAACAGCCACCUCACAACAGCCACCUCACAACAUCCACAUCACAACAUCCACAUCACAUCAUCCACAUCACAACAGCCACCUCACAACAGCCUCCUCAAAUUAAAAUUACAGAAGGAGUUUAAAAAUACAGAUGAGAGAAAGUCGUCAGGCAGAUGUGGAGAUCUUGAUAUAUAUUGAUUUUUAUUUGUGGCUUAAUUUAUGGUCUAAAUUUUUUUAGGGCUGCUGUGCACCUGAAUGAGGAGCAUCUUUCUAAUGUGCUCGAUGUGUUGAAAAACUUUAGCUUGGAACGAAUUCAUGACAUGAGGCGGCAAGUGCACUUUUUCUGGCAGAGCUACUUUAAGUCACUGACGGACAUAACGCUGGCCACAUUACAGAUUGUCAAUGACAGGGUUUUCCCAUUUAAUGCUCGGACAUACGAUCAGUGGAAUGAGUUGCUUAAUCCGGUUUGUGCCUUUUACUUUAAGUUUAUUUUAAGUUAGGCUUCUCAAACUUGAAUCUUCUGAACAGCUGCAAUAAAACAAUGAGCACCUUGCAUGUGCCUCCUUAUGGAAAUAUUCUUUUUUAAUUUGAAACAUCUCCCGCCUCAUUAUUUUUUUAUGGAAUAAUGCAUGCUUACUUGCCCUUAGCACAACUAACUAUUGAAGCUGAACUCUCUUAAUAUUAUUUUAAAAGUACUUAAAUUUAAAUAAAAACACAUCUUUUUCUUCUUCUUUGCUCCUACUGGUGCCUGGGCCAUUCAAUAAUUCUUUCCCUUUAUCCUUGUUCUGCACUAUUCUUUCCAGCUCAAUCCACGUCUUGCCAUUUCUCUCUCUCUCACUCUGCUGAAGUCCAGACCUGUUUACUCUUACGAUUUUGGCGUAAAUGUACGAUUUUGAGAUGUAUACAUUAUAUAUACUGUAUGUUUAUAUUUUUUACUAUUAAGAUAAUGUAUUGAACAAUUUUGUGAUGAUAUUGUACGAUUUUAAGAGUUUGGGGGUAAACAGGUCUGGAAGUCCUUUUUCCAUUUGCUAUGUUGUAUUUUCUUUGUUUUUUGGUCUGAUGGUUUUUUUCCAAGCUUUUCGUAUGAUGACAAGUCCUCGUUAUCUGACAGGUAGUAAAUAAAUCAUCUCUCUUCAUGCUCCCCAAAUGCAGAGUCUGUCUUACUCGAGGAUGUCAAAGUUGUGCUGUUUGUGAAUGAUUCCCUAGUUUUUUAUUUUCUAUAUAUAAAUGGGCCACCAACCCAAAGUUAAACCUUUUAAUAGUGGCUUCAUAUGACACACAAGCAGGUAGGCAGUGGGUCAAUACAGCUCCUGAUCAGUUUCAGAUCUCGUGCCCACAGUGGGAAAUAACAGAGUGAUAAGUCAUUAUUUGUCUUUGCCCUUAUAUUAAUUUAACUGAAUUUCUUAUGUAUACCUUAACUGAUCUCACAGAAUGCCAUCAAGAACCCAUUGUUUUUACCACUACGGGCACCAAAGAAUCUGGGUUUCACCGCCGUUAUAUUGACCUACGACAGAGUUGACUCUUUGUUCCAAGUAGUUCGCCAGGUUGGAAAAGUGCCAAGCCUUGCCAAAAUCAUUGUGGUUUGGAAUAACCAGGAAAUUUUACCCCCGCCAAGUAAGUCACUUAGGAGAUUUUUAAAUGAGCUGAAACUUUUACAUGAUAGAUCAUUUAGUGCCCAUUGAAAUAAUUCUUCUGAUUUAAAACUCUAUGAGCAAGCAUUCCUUUUUAACUGUGAAUGUCAAUAUACUUGUGAGAAAAAUUAUUUCAACUAGAGCAAUUGGACAUAAUUUACAAGAACUAAAUUUUGAUGAGUUUUAAGCUUGAAUGUUUUAAUAUACGAUUUUAAUUUAAAAAUUCUCUAUUUCUGGUGAAUGAUCUUGAAAAAAAUAUGCUUGGGAUUAAGUUUGUUGUCUUCAAUAAAGUAUAUUGAAAUGUUAUACACUUAAAAAGUAUGUUGAAAUGAUACACACUUGAAGUAUAUUGUAAAGUUAUGCACUUAAAAGUAUCUUGAAGUUUGAAGUGUUACGCAUUUGGGAACAAUAUGCAAAAAUGGAAGGGAAUAGUUUUACUUUAAUAAUUCCCCUAAAUAUAAAUUUAUUAGUAACUGCAUUUUAAAAACCUUCAUUUCAAACAACACAAUAAUUGAGCCUGAGACCACCCUAUAGCACACCCCAACCUAUAGCACACGCCACUCUAUAGCACACCCCACCCUAUAGCACACCCCACCCUAUAGGACACCCCACCCUAUAGGACACCCCACCCUAUAGCACACCCCACCCUAUAGCACACUGCUCUUUUCAUCAUACAGAUGCUAGGUUUCCUUUAGAAGCAUGGCUGCCCUGAGUACCCCUCCUCCCACCCACUGCUGCCUUCUUGCCUUGAAUAGAUGAUUAUAUAAGUAUCUGACCUGUAUUGCUAACAUUAUGAUAACAUCAUGGGUGGAUGGGUGGCCCACUUCCCAUCAACCUAUAGGGCACAAAGACUUGUUGCCUAUCAAAUUUUCAGGCCCCCCCCCCCCAAUUGUUCAUGUUUUUCAAUGGGAAUAUAAAAUAAAAUGCCUCAUAACAGCGCUAAAUGAGAUUCUUUAAAAAAAAUAUCGCCUAUGAUUAUAUAAGUAUCUGACCUGUAUUGCUAACCUUAUGAUAACAUCAUGGGUGGAUGGGUGGCCCACUUCCCAUCAACCUAUAGGGCACAAAGACUUGUUGCCUAUCAAAUUUUCCGGCCCCCCCCCCCCCAAUUGUUCAUGUUUUUCAAUGGGAAUAUAAAAUAAAAUGCCUCAUAACAGCGCUAAAUGAGAUUCUUUAAAAAAAAUAUCGCCAGUGCAUUUGGUGCGUAAUAUCUUCUCAAAUUGUUGGUGAGGAAAUUCUGUGACGUAAAAACGGCUGGGUCAUUAGAAUAUUAAUAUAGUUCAGGGGCAUAAAAAAUGUGGGGCUGCAAGCCUUGUAGGGGAGAGCACUAAUUGUGAUUCUUAUAAAAUGCUUAACUUGUAUGCAUGUUUUGUCAAAUGUUCAGCCCCACCCCCAUUGCAGGGUAUUACAUUUGACAAAGGAUGUAUAUGCAGAACUUUGUUUUAGGGGUUCUUUUAUUAGUCCUAUCAUUGCAAAUUCCAUUCUCUUUAUUUGCAGUGUCCCAGUGGCCUAACACAGGGAAACCUAUUAAAGUAAUCAUCACCAAGUAUAACAGACUGAGUAACAGGUGAGUUUUGUGACAGACUGAGUAACAGGUGAGUUGUGUGACAGACUGACUAACAGGUGAGGUGUGUGACAGGCUUAUUAACAGGUGAGUUUUGUGACAGACUGAAUAACAGGUGAGUUGUGCAACAGACUGAGUAACAGGUGAGUUGUGAGGAGUCGAUGUUAAUUUUGUUCAAGAAACUAACAUUUUUCUCUUCCUAUUUAUCUGAACCUAAGAACUUUAACUUAUGAUCAUCAUAUUCUAAACAAUAUAAAACACACUAAUAUAUAUAUAUAUAUAUAUAUAUAUAUAUAUAUAUGUAUAUAUAUAUAUAUAUAUAUUAUAAAUAUUAAAAAAAUUUAUGAAAGCUUUUCUAAAAUAUUCUUAUAUUCUAUCUCUUUUAUAUUAUAAAAAAUAUAAAACACACUAAUAUAUAUAUAUAUAUAUAUAUAUAUAUAUAUAUAUAUGUAUAUAUAUAUAUAUAUAUAUUAUAAACAUUAAAAAAAUUCAUGACAGCUUUGCUAAACUAUUCUUAUAUUCUACCUCUUUAAAUUUAUUCUGACUUGCUUAUUUUGACAGAUUUUAUCCCUACGAUGAAAUCGAGACAGAAUGUAUCCUGGCAUUGGAUGAUGACAUUGUCAUGUUGACGCCUGAUGAAAUGGAGUUUGGUUAUGAGGUAAGGGUUUUUCAUUUAGCUCUUCCAUCUUUGAGGAUGAUAAAAAAGAAAGGAACCACAUCCAUGAUAUAUUUUGUUAAUAAAUCUUGUAUUAUUUCAAAAGUUCACAGUUGUGUCUCAACCACCAGGUUAUUGUUGAACUUUUCCUUGGCACAAGAUGCUUGAGAUUUUCUUAGUAAAUUUGCUAUCAGUAACACAUUAAGAAAAUAUCAUGUGUAGAACGUUUGGAUGUUCAGUAGUAUUGAUAAAAACAUAAAUCAUAAAAACAUAAAUCUGUAAAUACAUGAAUCGUAUUGUAAAUACAUAAAUUGUAUCUGAAAAUACAUAAUUCAUAUCUGUAAAUGAAGUAAUGUAUUCUAUGGCUCUGUACACCUUGGUGGAUCCAACAGGUUUGGAGAGAGCAUCCGGACCGACUUGUUGGGUAUCCUUCUCGACUUCACCUCUGGCAGAAUGACACGCAGAGCUACAGCUAUGAAUCCGAGUGGAUGAAUGCCAUAUCCAUGGUGUUGACAGGUGCAGCUUUCCACCACAAGGUAAAUGCUUUAAACAAUCACCUCUCGCAGGAAACCAGUUCCACUAAUUAACUACUUUUUGGUCCCUGGCAUCUGAGAUUGUUUUAUUUCUACAUCAAGUCAUUAGAUGUCCAUGCUCAUUAAUUUCCUGUACAAAGUGUUGCUUUCAUUCAUUGUGGUAAGAAAAUGAUAAAAAACUCAUCUCAUUUAUCAUUAUCAUUUUUAAAAAAAUCACUAGAUUCCUUUGAUGUGUGAAAAUUACAAUGACUUGAUGAUAAUUGAUUGAUUGAUUUUUUUGGCCCUAUUUCUCCUGUACAUCCAUUGAUAAUACAAUAGUAACUGUGUCUUUCUCUGUAACUAAUGGCAUAAAACAAGACUGUGCCACAGCUCCAACACUUCGAGCAUGGUAUUCUCAGCAGUGCUGACUGAAACUUUUCUUCACAAUAAUGACGGUAAUAUCAAACUGAUGAUGAAGUAUUUCAUCUUGGGAGACUAAACGCUAAAUUCCAAGGUCCGUACCGACAUCAUCAGGGAUUUUCUGUAUGCAGACAACUGUGUUGAGAAUGCUGUAUCAGAGGCAUGUAUGCGAUGCAGUGUUUCAAACUUCUAGGAUGAAGCCUGCACAAACUUGGUGGACAUAAAACAAAAUACAAAAAUUUCCUGUAUGACUUGAACCUCUCAUAAACCCAAUACAAUUGUCAUUGGCAAUGUAUUUCCUACAAGCAUGAAAACUAAUCAAUGACCAUACUUCAACAAUUAAACAUAACCACUUCUGCAGGGUUUUUCAAGGAUUUUGCAUAUUUUGUAGAUCUGUCAGGAAAAAAUACGCUAAUGCAAAUUAGUUAGGUUCCAAUGAAAAAUUAGUGAAUAGUUGAAUCCACGAAUCCUAAAAUGAAAAUGCACAAGGUAUUACUGUACAUUGUUAAUAAUAAUCGAUAUAAUUUUGUGUUGCAGUAUUUCUCCUAUAUGUACACAUAUGGAAUGCCUGGCAAUUUGAAACAAUGGGUAGAUGAACAUAUCAACUGCGAGGACAUUGCCAUGAACUUCCUGGUCACUAACGUUACUGGGAAAGCACCUCUCAAGGUUUGAGAAUGUUUUUAGAAUAUAUAAAUGGUGGAUUAAGACAUGUUUAGGCUUUAAAAAAAGACAGGACAAUUACAUGGACAUUUCAGCUAAAUGCCUUCAUUAGCAGACGAGACAAAACAAGAAAUAAAAAAUGAAUAGAUAUUUAAAAACUAAAGGGUUAGAAGAUUCUGAUCAUAAUGUAGUUCUCAAAGUCCCUGUGUAGAAAUGGAAUGUUAUGUUGUUCAAAACCAAAAGGUGUGUUCCACAUAAUUCUGUGGUGUGAACUAUCAAGUUAGAAGAAUGAGUUAUGAUUAAUUUAAGGAAUAAUAUUUUAAACGAAAAAUGAGAACAGAAAUGGAGAUUAAAUUGAGGAGCGCUAGAAAGAGAGGGAUUGAUGCCCUAUGGUGCUAUUGGGCCAAAAAUAUUUUAAUUAAUUUUUAUUCAUACUUCACUCUCCCUGGUUUUAUUAUUGCUAGAAAUUAGAGCAUCCCUUCUGAAGACAUAGAUUUGUAUCACUUGUCAAGUGGAGGGGUGAGAAUACCCCUGUUUGUGUCAGGCAUAGAUUUGUAUCACUUGCCAAGUGGAGGGGUCAGAAUACCCCUGUUUGUGUCAGGCAUAGAUUUGUAUCACUUAUCAAGUGGAGGGGUGAGAAUACCCCUGUUAGUUACUGAGUUUAAAGAAAAAAUUGUCUAAUUCUUUUGCAAACGUCGCUUCCAGGUUGUCCCACGGAAGAAGUUUAAGUGUCCUGAGUGUGUUAAAGAGAUGUUGUCAGCUGAUAUUUCCCACAUGGUGGAGAGGUCCGAGUGCAUCAACUUCUUUGUCCAGCUCUAUGGUGCAAUGCCACUCAGGCCAAUUGAGUUUAGGGCCGACCCUGUCUUGUUCAAAGAUAAAAUUCCUGGAAUUCUAAAAAAAUAUAUGGAUCUUGGAACUUUGUGAUGUGAGUGUGUAUGUGCUAGUGUGUAUGUGUUGGUGUGUAUGUGUAGGUGUGUAUGUGUUGGUGUGAAUAUGUUGUGUGUAUGUGCGAUGCAUAUGUGGGUGAACGUGUUAUUUUCUGAAAAUAAGUUUGUUGAAAGAGACUUAGAUCCUGAAAUGUUGAACAUAAAUGCAUAUUUUCAGAUAUACUUACAAAUCUAAAUGGGUUGUCUAGCAAGCAUCUACUAUUCACUUAUGAUAAUUUUAAAAACACCCAAACACAUACAUCUUGCCUGUAUAAAAAAUAGAUUAAAUAAAUUGUUGUUUUGAAGAUUGCUCCAAGUAUCGACAAAUGUUUAUUUUAGUGCAGAGCGGAUACUUUCAACAUUUUUUUAGUGGGUAUAUUUAUAAGACAGAACCUAAGUUGUUGUUUCAAUAGACUAGAUAUUGCCAUGAUGGAUUGUUUGUUGAUUGUGAUAAUUGUUGUUUUUACCUUUUUUUUAAUAUAAUUUUAAAUUUUCUUUAUUCUUUCUCUCUUGCUGUUGAGGUACGACUGGGGAGGUAAUUGUUUAUGUCACUUAUUUUUAUAUUCUUGCUCAUUUAAAAGUAGAAAAAAAACUGUUUAAAUAUCAUGUUGACUACACAAUUUUUACCAUAUAUAUUUUUUUUUGGUUGUUUUAAACAGCUUAUGAGGUAAAAUUGUAAAAACCAUUAAACGAUGUUAUUUGUGUUACAUCAGCACAGCGCGUUAAGCUAUCGGAUUCUGGGACCAUCUCUUUAUUGACAUCCUAUAUUUUGUGUAUCAUCAACAAAGCGCUUUAACCUAUCAAAUUCUGGGACCAGCUCUUUAUUGACAUCCUAUAUUUCGUAUAUCACUGAUCAGGUCAAAACAUGGUGUGGAUUAUGUAUGUCUUAAAAAAAACUUGAAACUAAAAGCAAAGUUGAUAAAAUAAAAUAAAAUUUGAUCAUUUUAAAGCCAUAGAUAAAAUGAUUAUGUUGUUAGCCUCUAUUCUAAGCCUUACCAGGAGGUAAUCUCUUUUUUAAUGAUACUAAUUGUUUAAAUGGGUGUGUAUGAAGUAUUGGUGAUAACGGGAUUCAUUGUCUUGUAUGAUUAAAUAGAAAAAACAAACAUUAUUUAUUUUCAACAAGUGUUAAAUAAAUUAUAUAUUUAUUGUUAAUAUCUUAGCAGUCUUGGGAACACUGAUCUACAACACACAGAGUAUCGGGAAACAACAUUUUUGCGUGGUGCACGCCUGAAUAGUAUUACAUGUAAAAUAAAAGAUAUUUAUUCUGUGGCACAACUACAUCGGAGACUAGGGUUUGAGGUUGGAGUACUAUUUGCUUAAGGGUAUUUUAAAUAUGUACAUAGGGAAGACAAGACUCUUCGUUUCUGUAAAUAUGUAGAAAUUUUUUUCACUUGUAACUUUGUUUCAUUUAUAACACAAAUUUUUCUUGUUAUUUAAUAUGAUUAUUUUGUUUUAACGCUAUCAUAAUUGUAGGCCCACUUUGUGAUAAGCUGGACAAAUGUCCUUCAGGACUCAUUUAAUAUAUUUUCAAAAACUCAGGCAAUUUAUGUAGUCAAACAGUGAUCCAGACAUUGAAGAACUAUGCAGGGUCAUCAUUUUAAGAAUAAAAUUUCCAUGUUUAAAUUUCAAAGAAAUCAUAAUUUAAAAAAAAAGUUUUUAAUAAUAAAGAAAAGUUUUCACAUUUUUUACCAGAAAGAUUUGUUUACCAGAAAUUUGAUAGAAAGAAAUUUUAUCGACGGCAAAAUUGCUAGACGGAAAUUUGAUCUAACGGAAAUUCGGUGGAAUAGUUUUUUUCGGUUCACGAUAAAAUUUCGUCAAAUUUCUUUUUGAACGCACUAUACUAUAUAGUAAAACAAAAUAAUGCAAAUUUCCGUUCUAUCAAAUUUCCGCUCUAUCAAAUUUCCGUCGAUCUAUUUUCUGUUAACAAAAUUUCUUUUGAUCAAAUUUCCGAAUACAAAAAGAUUUGGGUUUGAGAUUAUUAAAAUAGUUUUAUGUCAAGCAGGUAAUUAAAAAUUUAAAAAAUUUGUUGUGGUGGGGGGGAUUAUUUAAGUGAUUUUUUUAGAUUUAGGUUUGACAAUAUUUUUCAAAGUUUAAUUUAUACAAAACAAUUUAUAGUGAUACCGUAUUUUCGGGCGUAUAAGACGACCCCCUACUUUUCCUGUUAAAAUCUAGGGUUUGGGCUGUACACCAGCUCAUAAGACAACCCCAGGCGUAUAAGAUGACCCCCGACUUUUGAAAAGAUUUUCAUGGUUUAAAAGGUCGUCUUAUACGCCGGAAAAUACGGUAAUUUUUUUUAACUCGAACAAUAUGAAGAAAGCCAAUAAGUAUUUACCAGAUUUGUUAUAAAUUGAUAGGAAAUAUAACACACAUGAUAGACAGACUAAACAAAACAACAGACGUUUCCUCUACCAUGUAUUUCUAAUUGCUUCAACCUGAACGCAGUCCUCCCCACACAUGACACUAAUAAGAAGACAGACUUGCCAGGCUGCUAUUUGUCCCCAUUAUUCAACGUACAGAAUAUUUUGCAUCCGUUUGUCAUUUGUUCUGUAUUGUUUGUUGUUUUGAAAUGUACUAGUCAUUGUUCAAGAUUAUACUAUGGUGUGUGACAUCGAUCUUGUCAGUUAAUCAAAAACUUCACCAUGAAAUCAUGAAACGCCAAAUAUUAUAUAGAAAUGGCCUUAAGUUGCAUUUGAAGCAUAUAAAAUCCAUUUUUUUUCUCUCAAAUAUGUUGUUUAAAUAUUUCUGAGUACUCGUCUAUUAAUUCAAAUUGAAAGGCUCAGCCCAAUCAACUUGCAUUAAAAAAAUCAUAACUUUGUGCUAUCCCUUUGAAAGGUGGUCACUCAUAUAUUACGGACAUUGUCAAUGAUAUCAUUUCCUUGUACUUCACCAAGAAAAAUAAUGUAGUUUCUUAAAGGCUAAAAAAAUUUAAAAAAUUCUGCGGUGUACAAGGCAUGGCCACGAUGUUUAUAUGAUAAAAGAUAGUCUUAAAUUAUAACUAGUUAUAUUGACGUAAUGGGCCAUGCAUUUGAUUUCCAUUAUUGGCUUUUGUACUUAAGAAAUAUGUCUGAUAGGACCUGGCGAUCUUUUGCACACCUCUGUGUAAUGGGAUCAGCUGAGCUUAGCCUUUCAGUUUCAUUUAAUGUCUUGCAUGUAUUUACACUUAUAUUGUUUAUUUAAUGUUUUUCUUUGAAUUGUUAGCACCUAUUCAAUGGUAACAGUUAUAUUUAUGUGUGGUUCAUUGUAAUUAAUAAAUUUCUAUUAUUUUCUUUUAAGAUUAAAAGAGAAAAGUUUGGGAUUUUUUUUUAAUCUUAAGAAUUCCUGAUAGUUACUUAAAUUAUUGAUUCUGUGAGGCUCUUUUAAAUGUUGUUAAAAAUUUUUGUUGAUUGAACCUGAUUGUGAUUGGUAGCAAUAAUGUUGUCUGGUGGGUUUUUUCUCCCCAAUAAUUUCAGUUUGUUAAAGCUUGAAAAUCACUUUAUUAUUUCUGGGAAUAUAUAUUAAUGUAUAUAAUGUUGUGUUGAAAUUUAACUUGAAGUUGAAGAUGUCAAUCUCACCUCCAUAUAACAAUAUAUUUUUUAGCUUUCUUCAAAUUUAAUUUUUUUAUGUUUGAGAAUCACAGCUGAUUAACAACAAACAACUAUAAUCAUUGUAUAUUGACUACUCUCAGUAGCACUUCAUAAGUCUGUGCAAUUUGCAUCUAAAGUUGACAUUUCUUCUAAGAAUGCUGCUGAGACUGUAUUUCAGAUGAGUGAAUUGGAUGUGUGACAAGAAAAGCCGAGACCUUCUUGUUGAAAAUAAGAGAAUGAAUUUAGUUUUAAUGUUUGGAGAUAAUUAAGAUUAGAAUAACCACCCCACCACCUUGGUUAUAUGUCAUUUUAUGUAGCUGUUGUUUAUAUAUGAAAUGAUUGUGUGGGCUCUUAAUACGAUUGUGUGUGGUCUCAAUCAUGAUUGUGUGUGGUCUCAAUCAAUGAUUGUGUGGUCUUAAUCAAUAUGAUUGUGUGCUCUUAUGAUUGUGUGUGGUCUCAAUCAAUGAUUGUGUGGUCUUAAUCAAUAUGAGUGUGUGCUCUUAAUAUGAAUGUGUGUGGUCUCAAUAUGAUUGUGUGUGAUCUUAAUUUAAUUGUCUGAAUCAAUCUUUUUUUUUUCAUUUUUCUCAUCAAUAUCUCAAGAGUGGUCAAUUAUGAAAUAAAAGUUAAAUAUUCUGGUC